AUGGGCGACACCAAUACCGAAAGCAGCGAUUUCACCUCCGAAGACGAAGGCACCGAAGAUUACCGACGCGGCGGCUACCACGCCGUCCGAAUCGGCGAUACUUUCAACUCCGGUCGAUAUGUCGUUCAGAGCAAGCUUGGCUGGGGACAUUUCUCUACUGUCUGGCUCGCUUGGGAUACUAAUCAUUCUAGAUAUGUGGCUUUGAAAGUUCAAAAAAGUGCUCAGCAUUACACCGAGGCAGCUCUAGAUGAGAUAACAAUUUUGCAACAGAUUGCGGAGGGAGACAUGGAUGAUAAAAAAUGUGUGGUCAAGCUUUUGGACCAUUUCAAGCAUUUUGGUCCGAAUGGACAGCAUGUUUGUAUGGUUUUUGAGUACCUUGGGGAUAACCUCUUAACUCUUAUUAAGUAUAGUGAUUAUCGUGGAAUCCCUAUCAACAUGGUUAAAGAGAUAUGCUAUCAUAUUUUGGUUGGAUUGGAUUACUUACAUAAGCAGCUUUCUAUCAUACAUACUGACUUGAAACCUGAAAAUAUCCUUCUUUUAUCAACGAUAGAUCCGUCUAAGGAUCCUAGAAAGUCCGGCGCUCCUCUUAUUCUUCCUAAUAGUAAAGACAAAAUGCUAGAGUCAACAGUUUCAAGAGACACAAAAACAUCCAAUGGAGAUUUGUUUAAGAAUCAUAAGAAAAAUAUUAAGAGAAAGGCUAAGCAAGCAGCUCAUGGAUGUGCUGAGAAGGAAGCAUCCGAAGGAGUUGAUGGUAAUCCUGAAACCUCUGGUGCUGUAGAAUCAUCUCCCAGUGCAAGUUCUGCAAGAGAACAAACUUCUAGUUCUGCUGGCACUAGUAAGUUAUCAGAUGCUGAUGAGGCGAAGUCAAAUGAGCAGGGCAACAGAAGAGGAAGCUGCACAGCGAGACAGAAACUGCUUGCCUCUGUUGAUAACAAAUGCAAGUUAGUUGACUUCGGUAAUGCUUGCUGGACAUAUAAGCAGUUUACAAAUGAUAUUCAGACUAGGCAAUAUCGGUGCCCAGAGGUAAUCCUUGGAUCAAAAUAUUCUACAUCUGCAGAUCUUUGGUCGUUUGCUUGCAUAUGUUUUGAGCUUGCAACUGGAGACGUGUUAUUUGAUCCACAUAGUGGUGACAACUUUGAUAGGGACGAGGACCACUUAGCAUUAAUGAUGGAACUUCUUGGAAUGAUGCCACGUAAGAUCGCAUUAGGGGGGCGUUAUUCCCGGGAUUUCUUUAAUAGAUAUGGUGAUUUGAGACAUAUCCGUCGGUUACGAUUCUGGCCUUUAACUAAAGUGCUCACGGAGAAGUAUGAUUUUAAUGAGAAAGAUGCAAGUGACAUGAGUGACUUUUUGGUUUCCAUCCUUGACUUUGUUCCUGAGAAACGACCUACAGCUGGUCAAUGCCUGCUACAUCCGUGGAUGAAUGCAGGUCCGCGUACUUUGGAACCAUCAGUGCCUUCUUCUAAUCACAACCCUGCUGCUGAAACUGCUACUUCUGACCAGGAGAAUAAGGACAAAGAUGAGAGGGAGGCCAUGGAGGCUGGAAUGGGUAAUAUUGCCAUCAAUUCUGAUAUUAAACCAGACAUGCAUUCUCCAUCAAAUAAAGCCUCUCAAGGUAGCCGCAGUUGUUCAUCUUGA